GUAGGGACUUGUCGAGAGUCGUCGUCGCUGUCGGUGUCACUGCCGUAUUCUUCGAUACCGAGCAUUGUCGUCGUUGAGUAGCACCAACUUGUCAAAGUACCAACUACAUAAGCGAGACCCUGAUCAAACGACGACGACCACGAUGGCAGCAUUCGAUUCCCCACCGCCACGCAAGACACACAGAUACGGGACACCCAGACAGCCGUCGACACCACCCAGACAACGAAAACUCGUUGGGACGCGUAUCGUAAGUGGAGGUACCAACAACAAUGCCGCUACGACGCCUACGAAUGCUAUGGACGUCCAAGAGGUUGGACACUACGACAGAGAACGACCGCUCAGAGAAAAAGAUACCGUCUUUGCAAAGACUGAAGAGCUCGUCGUCGGUUUGUAUGGCAACUUGCCCGUCGAAGUGCGGCACGUCCUUCGAUCUGCAGACUUUCUUACAGAGUCCUACGUGGGUGGCAUAGACAGCGCGUCGGGAUACACCCUUGUCGCCUCCGUUCGCACUUGUUACGUCUGGGCACACGCUACCCUCAAACCCACCUCACCCAGUCCAACGUGCUACAUUCUUCCCUGCCCACCACCACCAAUAGACCACCCCACUACCACCUUCCAGGCACCCUACUUCGCACUAGUACCAUCUCGCGCUCGCGCUGUCGAACCGGGCCUUAUCCUUGUCUCACCCCCUGGGGUCGCACGGUUCUGGCCCUCCAUCUCUUCCGGCCUGUCAGGCGGGGGUACAUUCGAGUCCAUCCAGAUCCCGCUGGAUGUGGCCGAAGACGAGUACGUAUCACGUCUCGCACGAAUAGAUCUACCAGCAGGAGCCUAUGGGUACUUGGCAACGACGUCCACAGGUCGGAUAUUCCGUCUAGUGAUCACGUCCCAGGCAGGAAAACACACCCUCACUGCGAGACUGUUUUCGCCACAACCUUCAUCGUCUUCCUUAUCUCUCACACGUCUGUUUGGUAUUGGAUGGUCUACGCCAGCACCCGCACCACGUCCGGAACCAGGAAAUGUUGUGACGCUCGUAUCAUCGGGAAGCGUCAUUUUCGCACUCGUAGAGAUGAGGAUACAAAAAUGGGCAUUGAGCAGCGAGGAACUGAUUAAAGAGACGGAUGUGGGAGAGGUCAUCAGAGAGGCUAUUGCGAGUGGCGUAGGCAUAGAAGACUUGGAGGGUAUCGACUUGGUCGUCGAGAGCGAAAACACCCUCGUGCUACUCGUGUCGUAUGCUUCCUCCGCCACGCAGGACGCGGGCGCCAUGGUCCUUGACCAGUACGAUUAUGGACUGCGCAGAGUAUACGCAACCGUUCGUCUUGUGUCACAUGAGGAUGGCUGGAGAGUGGAUGGGGUCAGCGUCGUUCCCUAUGUUGCUAACGCAGCAUCCCCUCCCGCCCACCCUCAUUUGUCGUUACUAGCAGGUGGUGCCAUUGUAGCGGUCUUGUUUGGCGAAGUGGUCGUAUUGUGCGCAAGGGACACGCCCUACCAUGAGAGACUCGUUCUAAAGUCAUCUACCGAUAGACUGCUCGGGUUGUCAUCUCUUCCCUCAGUUUUCUCUGUUGACUACGCAGAUGCCGACAGCAGCAUCGAUAUGGAUGGUGGUGAAACUCGGGAGGAGGCCCAAAUGCUACUGAUGACGAGUGGUCUGAUGUUGAAGGCGCGUGUGGACGCAGAUAGAGUGAAGAGGUUCAGGGUAGAAUCUCUCCCGAAGCUGCUCAGGGCAACUCUCAAGCAAGCCAUCUUAUACUCACCUGUCCCAUCGAACCCACUCCAAUUUAUCCUACCACCUUCUCCAUUACUUGAUGGGGAUGCGCUCAUGCACGCUGCGGAGGAAACAAGUGCCAGUGUCCUUGCAAGUGACCCUGAGAUCGUUCGACCUAACCAUGACCUCACGGCCCAGCUGACGGCAAGGAAAGAACGGUUAAGCUGGCUGAUUGGGUUCAUCAAUGAUAAUGGCGCAUUGGGAAAGAUGUCGCAAAGAAGUCGACAGCGUCUUGCGACUGAUGCCGAGAAACUGUAUGCGUGUCACCAGCUUUGGGUCAGACUCAAUGAGCAUAUCGAUUCUGGUGCAGCUCACUCCCUGAUCAUCGAUACAAUCCACGCGUUCACUGCUGCUCAUCCCUCUUCGUUUGCUACGCCCUCCCGUUUGGGCUCCCCUGCAACGCCAGAGAGGACUUCAACUCAAGAUGUCGUUCGAGAUUUCUUCAAAUACCGCGUCCUGGAUCUUGGAAGGCUGCUAGUUUUCAUGGUCGAGUACCUCGGCCAGCUGGGAUCCAUGGGCACUGGUGGUAUAGGAGCAUUGAAAGAGAUUGGCGGGGCUGUCGUGGCAACACUUCAGGCUGCGCUUUCCUACCGCGCCUACAAUAUUGGUGUAUACGGCGUCGACUUGCCCAUGAUUAAACCGUGGACUAGUCGGCCUACGGUCAUCGACGCGGUCCUCAAGUUGGUGGAGGCGACUUCCAAGACUGCAACGGAUAGCGCGUCGAGCUCAAGUGCUGGCGCGAAAGAUGUCGUGAAUAUGCUACCUGAGUUGGCAACCCUUCUGUUUGCUUGUAUACAGGAGAGAUUGGAUUGGCUAGGGAGUCCAAUGGGUGCAGAUGAGCCUGGUUCCCAGAGGGACAGGAUAGAGCUCGAGGAUCGAUUCUCGCAACUCCGACCUGAGGUCUUAGAGACAUUGCGCCUUACCAACCAUCUUCAACAAGCCCUCGCCCUAGCUACGACCUACACAGACUUCCCGUCACUCGCCUCCCUACUUCUCCGACCUACACCCUAUCCACCGUCUGCCAAUCCACACGCCUCCCUGAUCAAGGACUAUCGUGAGCGGUAUAACCAUGCAUUUGGUCGCGAGGUGGUGAGGUGGUGUAUCGAACACGGCGAAGCGCGCGUACUGUUUGCAGAGGAGGAUACAUGGGGACCGUACAUGGAUGAAGUGUUUGCGGACGGCGCGGACAGGAAGAGGCAAGGACCAGAAAGUGGAGCGAUGGAUGUCGAUGGGCACGAGCGGGACGAGUUCAACGCGAUUGCAUGGGUGAACGAUAUGGGAAGAUCGAGGUUUGGCGAUGCUAGUCGACGGUUGAUCAAUGUAGCCAAGGGCGCGACCGAGGUCGGCCAGAAACACUUCAUGUUGAGUCUGGGAAAACUCGCGCAGCUUGCGCACUUGCAGGAGGGAGGGGCAGUGGAUGGAUCAUUGUUGGAAGCUUUCCAUGAUGGCUUAGAUUUCAUUGCAGUACAAGAAAAACUCUUCAAAGAUUUCCAAAGCGUACUAGUUUCUUUGCGUGGAAAACAAAAGCAAAACCAAGAUGCACAGGUAGAAGCCAUCGUGCGUACAAAAGCGUCGAGGCUCAGGGAAAGCGAGAAAAAGGGGCUCCUCUCGAUUUUCAAAAACGAUGUCAGACGGAUAUUACAACGCAAGAUGUUGUCCGUCGAAGAUAUGGUGGAUGUUCUGACCCUCAAAGACAACGAAGAGACCCUCGGGGAUUACGCAACCGCGUUACAGUUGCUGCUUAGAGAAGAGGACGUGCCCGACAUAAGGAGAAUUUCGGCUUUCAAGAGAGUCUGGUGUCGGGUAUACAACCACGACGAUUGGGAUGUUAUCCGCCAGACGGCCAACAUUACAGAUGCCCAACUCGCUACACGCUUCCGUGGGACUGCGCUAUAUCACACCCUUCAAGCCAUCCUGCCUGUAAUCAGGUCUACUCCACAAAAUGAAAUGUUGCCUGAAGGUUUCGACCUCGACCCGAAUCAAUGUCUGCCUGUUCCCCUUAUGCCCGAAACCUCCUCUCGGUUCCCUGGAAUGCCAGCGGAGAUGGUGGGUGAAUUGGCUAGGGAUUUCAGAGCCGAAAGUACGAACGUCGAGCGGAUGAGACUGGAUGACUGUGUACUUCAGGUAAAGAAUAGUCGUCACCGGGUUCGGCUCAUCCAAAUAUGCGCCUCUUAAGACGUUCAUACUCGAUCCGUGCGGCGAGGAUGAUGUUCUCGAAGUUGCGCUUGCGCCAUUGAUUAGAGUACUCUUCCUGCCUCUCCCUUUCCUGUACCACCCACAUCCCGUACAACUCCGACAGUGCAUGUUCGCGAGCUUCGGGGGAUGUAGAAUCCGGAAGAGACGAUAACACGGCCGCUUUAGCUGCUUCGAAGCGUUUGUUGCUCUACCCG